AUGCAAGCACUUAAAAGCUGCCUUGUUACGAACUAUCUUUACCUUUUUAAUCUACAUUAUAGCCAGCAGGACGGAACUAGAUGCAUUUCUCUCCCUCUUUCGACCUAGACUUUGAUCUUUUACAAUAAAAAUAUACCCUUUUAGACUCCUUUGGCUCCAUUAUCUCGGUAUCAAACGGCUUCGUCUUGCCACUGUUUAGCCCCACCCCCCUCGUCAUACCUCAGCUCACCAUAUUCGAUCGACGGGCUUGAUGUGAUCCCUAAACUUACUUCUCAGGCUUGUUAGGAGCUUUAUCUAGAAGCGUUGGCAUAUAUUCCACUCGUCCUCCCUCACCGACUUUCACAUCUACUUACUCCGUGACUCACUCAUUACAUUUCAACUCCACCUGUUCAGACUAUUCUUAAAUUCGAGUGCUGUCUCCAAAUUGCCUUACACUUCGCUGUGCACUUCUUAUUGAGAACGCUCGCCUCAUUCGAAUCCCAUCUUCUCCCUAUUCAUCAAGCAAUUGCCCUAGCAGAACGCCGCCAUCAUGACUGCUAGCAACAAUGACAACGCCAUGACUCGAUUCCUGUUCGCUAUUCUGAAGCAGAAGAACCUCAAGGACAUCGAUUGGACUAAAGUCGCCCACGAUCCAGUCUUGGGCGAAGGCAAGAAGAUCACCAAUGGCCACGCUGCUCGGAUGAGAUAUUCGCGCUUCCGAUCUGCUAUGCUAGGCCUUGAGCCGACCCGACGAAAUCGAACAGGUCAGCCGAAAUCUCGUGUUUCCAAGUCGAAGAAGGAACCGAGAUCAAGGAAAGACGAGAGUGUCAAAUCGGAGCCCGCUCCAGAUUCUCCUGAGCUUCAUGACUCAAUUGAGACACCUCCCCCGAGAAUCAAGCAGGAGUCUCCAUAUCCUAGCUUUGAGAGUCGCCUCACUCCACGCCUCACUCCAGGACCUGGUUCAAUGCCGCCUCCUAUGCAUCAUACGUCUGGUGUCAUCCAGCCUCGACUUCUUACACCGUGUAGCGAUGUUGACUUAUUUUCCCCUUCGCCGAGCCUCAUGUCCAGCCCUAACAGCGAUAUGAUCACUGCUCAUAGCUCUUUCGAUUACCGUGCGUCGCCAUGCCCUGACCACAACGAUCCGAUGUGGCCGAGCGUUCCAUCAUUUGCUGCCUACUCACCAACCUACCCAUUUGACGAAUACGGAGCUGGACCUUGCGAACACCCUCAGAUGCAUCCUCAUCCGCAAGUUCAUCUAGGGCUUCCGAGCCAGCCAAUUGAGCCUAACGAGGAUUGGGUGGACGUGAAACGUGAGGCAUCUUGGGACGACUUUUAAUGACGGGCUGAAGAUAUGAGUGGGCGAGGCAAUUGGUCCUCGCUAUUGGUCUACAUGACCUCACGAAUUAUGACCAAGGGAAUAAGUUGGUUUCUAAUAGGAUCUUGAGUGUGCAAUGUAUUUUUUGGGGUUGGAAACGUG